AAUGCAUACCUCAAGGUUACACCCUGAUUAAAACGAUACCUCUCACAUUAUUUCUGAAAUAUUGGACCAGUGAGGCUCAAUCGCUCAAAUCGACCCUCAUCUAAUACGCGCAAUACAAAACUCGGAAAUAAGAAAGGAAAUCUAAUCACGAUGUAUGCGCUCACUUUAACAGCGGAAUUAAACGGGGUUACCAACCUCCGACCCAAGGACACUGCCGAAAGCCCGUUCUGGUAUACCUUCACGGUCCAGUGCACCUCGUGUCGGGAGACACAUGGGAAACCGGUUGCGGUCAGCAGAUUUGAGACCAACGAGUUAAGUGGAAGUAGGGGAGAGGCGAACUUCGUAUGGAAGUGCAAGAAUUGCAAGAGAGAGUCCUCUUGCUCGAUUAAGACGGCGCCUAAGCCCUACGCGCAAGGCGAGCCGCCUAAGCAGCAGUCUAUUAUCGAGUUCGACUGUCGGGGCUUGGAGUUUACGGAUUUCACUCCCGAGGGAGAAUGGCUGGUAGAUGGCAUCGAGUCGAAUACUAAGUUCGAGGGGGUGGAGCUACAGGAUGGCGAGUGGUAUGAGUAUGAUGAGAAGGCCGGAGAUGAAGUUAGUAUUAAGGAUUUGAAGUGGGAGAUUAAGAGGGCUUGAGGGGGGUUGUUCUAGAUAUGUAAGUAGGUUGAGUCUCAGAAACCUAUAUGAAUCAAUUUUAGUGAAGACAUGGCAUAGUGAUAGUCACACUACCCAAUGCGUCCCAGCUCCUUGAUAUGAAGUUUACCGUCGACCAUUCACAAGGGAGAUAUAUGCAAUUCCAACUCUUACAUAUGUAGGUACCUAUGUUGUACGUAAGUCGUUCCAAAAUCCAUUUACCUUUAUCUUAUCAUCUUUCAAGCUCAAGUGCGGGGCAGAAAUACUGCAUACCCCGAUAUAUACACGAAUCCACCUUUAGUUACAAACACCCCCAUUAAUCAAUUAAGCUAGAGUUUAAGCAUUAAACAAAGCUCAAAAAUUCCAUGUACACUACUA